AUGGUGACGGUCGGCAAGUCGCACCCGGGUGCUGACCCCGUCCACCCUCUCCCCACCUCACCCGAUCCGGUCGGCGCCAAUUCCCCGCCUUCGAAGCGAGAUUUAGCCUCAUGGUGGAAGCAGUUCAAACGAAGCACCAGAAAAGAAGAAUUGAAAGAAGAGGCCCCCCGCGGCAUCUUCGGGAUUGCGCUCAAUGUUAGUAUCAAGUAUGCUAAUGUGGCAAUCUCCUUGACCAACGACCACGGCGAGAGCUUCAUUUAUGGUUACGUGCCAAUUGUCGUGGCAAAGUGUGGAGUGUUCCUGAAGGAAAAAGCAACGGAUGUGGAGGGCAUUUUUCGUCUUAACGGAUCAGCUAAGCGUAUUAAGGACCUUCAGGAGGUCUUCGAUUCUCCCGAGCGAUAUGGCAAAGGACUCGACUGGUCAGGAUACACCGUCCAUGAUGCAGCAAACGUGCUUCGCCGAUACCUGAACCAGCUUCCCGAACCCAUUGUGCCACUAGAGUUUUACGAGCGCUUCCGUGAACCCCUGCGUAUCUACCAGCGACAGGUUCUAGAAGGCAAGGACACAUCUGAUGCCGACAAGUUCGACCAUGCAAAGGCUGUCGAGACAUACCAGAACCUUAUCAUCGAGCUGCCCCCAUUGAACAAGCAACUGCUCCUCUACAUCCUCGAUCUUCUCGCGGUUUUCGCCUCAAAGUCCGAUCAGAAUCGCAUGCCGUCGGCUAACCUGUCCGCGAUUUUCCAACCAGGCAUGCUGUCCCAUCCCCAGCACGAUAUGUCGCCCGAGGAAUACAAAUUGAGUCAGGAUGUGUUGAUUUUCUUGAUCGAGAAUCAGGAUCACUUCCUGUUCGGAAUGAGUGGCACGGCUGCCGAUGAGCAGACAAUGAAGGAAGUGGAGGCAGGGAUUCCACGACCCGCAACUCACCCGACCGUUCGAAGAUCGGUAUCCAACGCUAGUGCGAACACGGAAAGCCAUCGCAAGUUGGACGGGAUCCGACGAAAUGUCUCCGUUUCAUCCCGCAACUCACGUCAUUCUAGCAACGCUCAAAGUCCCGCAACUCCCACCUCAAUCACUGGAGGUGGUAGUAGCGGUGGCGGUGUCGGUGUCCAUCGAAGCAACACUCUGCCCUCAAAGAUGGGCCCCAUAUUGACCUCUGCCCGUUACACAAGAGCCAAUGACACUGGCUCGAACAAUACCCCCGGCCUCUCUGUUUCCAAUCACGGUUCUCGGUCGACUAGUCGGACACCCUCGGUGCGAGAAGAGCCCGAGCAGCCUCAGCCGAUCCCUGAGUCGAUCUCUCAUCCAGUUCCUCAGCCAGUCUCUAAACAGACUUCCGAACAGCGUCCUGAGCAACUUCCUGAGCAAAUUCCUGAGCAAACUCCUGAGCAGCGGACCCCUAGUCGAUCAACUGCCUCAUUGACUCCAGGCAACGUUUAUGUGCACACCUCAACCCAUGGCCCAUUGCCUCCCGCAACUGCUGGACGUCUGAGCAAUAGCGAAACUACCAGGCCGCAUGAGAGCUCCAACACGGCGGUCCCCUCCACCCCGGCCGCUUCACCUCCACAGGUCGUGACCCCGAGCCGUGAGCGCAAACUUUCAAAUUUCUUCACAAAGUCACCGCCACCCGAUGGUGAAUUGAGAGAACCCCGGCAGCCGAAUCGCUUGAAGAAGAAGCGCAUUCCCGGGAGUGCAAGCUUGAGCGCGCAAAGCUCGGCUAACUCACUCCAUGCUCCGAGCGUAGAUCCCAGUGUGGAUCUUGAACCUAAAUAUGAAAACCGGUCUAUGGAAGCUGCUGUUGGUGACACCACUCCGAGACCGCCAACUGCUGCCACACUAGGCAGCCAAGAGAGCCCUUUUGAUUCCAACCCAGCUCUUGUAGAGGGUACUUGGCAACCUCACACUGACCACUCUCUCCGACCUCACAAGUCACGCACGCCCUCCAUAAACUCGCGUUCAUCGUUCACUGAUCAGUCUGAUAUGGAUCAGCCUGAAGACGUCUCUCGCCAUGAAAAUCGCCGUAGUUGGCUGUUUCAUCUAUCGUCCAAGCGUACCAGUGAGCAACUUGGCCUAGGUUUCGCGUCUCCGCCCCUAGUUGCGACGAAUCCCCGAGCCGGUCAAAGCACCAGUUCAUUCGGCAGUGGUCACUAUCAAAACACGGAUCUCUCCAGCCACCCACUGAGCUUGGAUGCUGGUGUUCAAGGCUCUUCCUCUAUAGGAUCAGAUCCCGAGAAGAAGAGUUUGUUUGGAAAGUUCAAGGCUAAGGUAGCUCAGGUUCGGGACGGUGUUAGGGAUGACCGUGAGCACACACUGAGCCCUACACGAUCGGAGACCGACCCUUCCCUCGCCAACCAGCCUCUUCCUCCCAUUGCCACGGAGUCAAUAAAUGGCAACCCUGCUUCAGUUGAACAUCCAAAUGAGCAGCCCCAAGAAGAGCAUCUGCGUUCGCCUGUAUCUCCCUUGCCUGGUGCUGGCUUUCCUCCAUCAAUCCCCGAAGAGCCGCACAGUCCCGAGAUGUCUACGGCUGUGCCUGUCGUUGAACGGAAGGAGUCAGCUCAGCCACCUGCUACUGAGUCGGUGUUGGCACCAGAACCAACAGUGUCCCAUGAUCUCGCGAAAGAGAGCGCAGUGCUGCCCACCUCCGCUGCAUGA